AAGUGUGACCCAACUACGAAAUUUCAAGCUAGAAAAACCAAAGAAAAAAAGAAGAGAGAAAAUAAUAAUUUUGUGAAAGAUGUGUGGCACUGAGAACCAAGCUGCUACCAAUGGCACCACCAAACACUUAUCAUCACCAUCAUCAUCAACAGACGUUGUCCUUAAUCUGGAUCAUGGUGAUCCGACGGUUUACGAGUCUUACUGGAAGAGAAUUGGAGAGAAAUGUACGGUGGUGAUCAAGGGCAGCGAGUUGAUGAGCUAUAUAAGCGAUGUGAGGAAGCCCUGCUGGUUUUUGGAGGAGAAGUUUGAGAGUGUCAUUAAGAGGCUCCACCGUCUGACCGGUAACGCCGUCGUGGAUGACCGUUAUGUGGUGGUGGGAACUGGCUCCACUCAGCUUUUCCAGGCUUUACUCUACGCUAUCACUACUACUGAUGCUUCCCUCGGCGGCACCGGCGGUGGCCCUGAUCAACUACCUGUCCCCGUAGUUUGUGCUGCUCCUUACUACUCGCAAUAUGCGGAAGAGACGGAUUAUCUGCGAUCUGGGCUGUACAAGUGGGCGGGUGAUGCUUAUGCAUUCGAUAAGGAUGGACCAUACAUCGAAGUGGUUACUUCGCCAAAUAACCCCGACGGCACCACUCGUGAAGCGGUCGUCAUCCACAACGGUGACCAAGGCAAGGUUCUCUACGACAUGGCCUACUAUUGGCCUCAGUACACUCCCAUCACUCGCCCUGCUGAUCAUGACAUUAUGUACUUCACCUUCUCCAAGAGCACUGGCCACGCCGGUUCCCGCAUUGGAUGGGCUCUUGUGAAGGACGAGGCGAUAGCUAGAAAGAUGACCAAGUUCAUAGAACUAAGCUCGAUUGGGGUGUCGAAGGAUUCCCAGAUCAGAGCUGCAAAGAUCAUGGAGGUGAUUUGCGAGGACUACCAAGAUUUCAAGCAUCAUCAAAACUCGAACCAUUUCUUUGAAUAUGCCCGUAAACUCAUGGAGAACAGAUGGAAGAGAUUGAGAGAGGUCGUGGCUCGGAGUAACGUUUUCAGUCUCCCUAAGUACUCUCAAGAAUACUGUCUUUUCCAUGGAGAGUGCACUGAGUCAUACCCUGCAUUUGCAUGGCUGAAGUGCAAGGAGGAGGGUGUAGAGGACUGUGAGAAGCUUUUACAGGAAUACAAAAUAUUGGGCAGAGGAGGGAAACGGUUUGGGUCUGAUCCAAGCUAUGCUAGAGUCAGUAUCCUGAGCAGGGAAGAGGUGUUUCAACAGUUCCUGGAAAGGCUUGAGAUUAUUAAAGGGAACACAAACUAAUCAGUCAAUAAGAAUAAUAGUAAUAUAUUAUAUAAACCAAUUCUUAGAAGAAAUGGUUGUUGUUGACCAUUCUUUAGAAGAAAUGGUUUUAAGUUGUAAUGUUUUGUUUCUUGUUUGUUAAUUAAGUUAGAGUCGUGAGCUUAUAUAGCUCCUCUUGUUUUUGUAAUUUUUAUGCAAACCUCAUCAACCACAAUUUAUUAUUAUUUUUAAAUAUAUUUUAUGCAGAAUAUGUUUCUG